ACAUAGUGACUCAAGAAAGUGUGAACCAACUUUUAUCAUACCUAACAGAGAUAACAAGAACAAAUAUGCAAGUGACCGAAGGAUUCUACAAAAGAAUUAAUCAAAUUCAUAGAGAAUUAUUAUCAAUUUCGAGAAAAGCACAAGCAGUCCUGAAUAAAAUGGGAAUACACCUGAUAGCCGAAGGCAAGACGGUCAACCUGGCAGAACUCACGAUCAGUACGAGAAUAAUGCGAGAGGACGAUUCCUUGCUGCCGUAUGUCAUGGAUGCCGUGACCGCUGCGGAGGAAGAAUAUGACCUAAAAGAAGCUAUACCAG